AUGGACACCUUCUCUUUUCGUCUUCGAUUUGGAAAUUCUACUUUCGCCGGAGCAAAUUAUCAUGUCUCUGCUCCCACCUACAAUCCAAAUUAUGACUGCAUUUCUGAGCAACCUCUCCAAUGUUCUCCAACUUCUGUAGACGCCAAAACUUCUGCAUUUGCUGUAUUCAAUAUGAAAUACAUUUUGGAAAUUCCCAAUAGAAUUCCUUCUGUUUUCUGUUACCAAAGUAUUCGAAUGUUUGAUAUGGACAAGUCGUUAAUUCAACAAUACCAGACAAGUGGAGACUUGCCAACAGAAGAUUUGGAUCUUCAUUUAACAGAAGUUGGAUGCAUUGAGUACGGAGGUUCAAAUCUCGAAGGCUCGACUAAACUUCCAGUGACACAAGUGACACUUCCAUCAACUACAGUACUUCCAGAAGACUGUUCUUGCUCUAUACCUCCACCAAUUAUGACUCAAUCUUUGUUUGACAUGCAAUACGCAUUCAACAUCCCACAAACUGAAUUCAAAUUUGGAGUUCCACGUUUCUCUUACACUGUUGGAUGUCAACAUGUUUCAAUGACUUGUCCUAAAUCCCAGAAGGCCUUGAUGUUCUUCAAUGAUCAAUAUAUUAUAAACGGAAACGAUAUUCUUGAUAUAGCAUCCAAAUACAACCUUCACUGUGAUUCGGGAACGUCGAAAUGGAAGUUUGACUCGGCAUCUGAGAAAAAGUUUAUGAACCUUCUUGGAAUCAGCUCCAUUGAGCUCACUCAUCUGGGAUGUGCAAGUUUUGCUCCAAAAGCUUAA